AAAAACAAAACAAAUGUUGUAAAAAAGCAAUUGUAAACAACAAACAGCAGGAACACAAUCCAAAAACGUUUAGGAAAAAUGUCCCAGGAAGCAGCAUCCGGCAAUGAAACAAGCUUUGGUUUUAAAAAAAGAAAUAUAAAGAAACCGGCUUUCAGAAGAAAACAGGAAUCCAGUGAAGAGUCAGAUAAAGAUAAAAGUGACCAAGAACAAACUACUUCUUCCGUAAUAAGAGCUGAACAGAAGCGUAAACGAACAAAUCCUAAUUUUCAAAGUACAAAGCACUUGACAGCCAAAAGGGAACGACAACAUAAGGACAAUUCCUCGUCUAGUGGGGAAAGUGACGAUGAUGCCAAAGUCACAGUGUCAUACAAAUCCAAACGCACGGCCCAACCUAAUGGGCCGCAAGAUCAAGGAGCUACUUCCAUCAAUGAAGUUGACACUGAACUGGAUCGUGAUGCCCAGGCUAUACAUGAAAAAGCCUUAAAAAUUAAUGAGGAAUUAGAGGGAAAGGCUGAUGAUAAAAUCUAUCGUGGAAUUAAUAAUUAUGCUCAAUACUAUAAAAAGCAGGAUACAGCUGCCGGUAAUGCUAGUUCUGGCAUGGUGCGCAAGGGGCCCAUUAGAGCACCGGCACACUUGCGAGCCACCGUUAGAUGGGAUUAUCAGCCGGACAUCUGUAAGGAUUAUAAGGAAACGGGUUAUUGUGGUUUUGGUGACAGUUGUAAAUUUUUGCAUGAUCGCAGUGAUUACAAGGCCGGCUGGCAACUGGAAAUGGACUAUGCGUCACAUAAGAAAGGUGAUUGUGAGUCGGAUGAGGAUGAUAGCAAAUAUGAAAUUCAUUCAGAUGAGGAAACAUUGCCAUUUAAAUGUUUUAUAUGUCGGCAAAGUUUUGUCAAUCCAGUUGUUACCAAAUGCAAACACUAUUUCUGUGAAAAAUGUGCUUUAGAAAAUUAUAAAAAAUCUCAACGUUGUUUUAUUUGUUCCCAACAAACUAAUGGUAUCUUCAAUCCCGCCAAGGAAUUAAUUGCAAGACUUAAAAAUCAUCCUGAAGCUGAGGACAGUGAUGUUGCCGAUAGUGAUUAAAUUUA